AUGGCAACUCAAAGCUCCCAGUUUCAAGAAGAAACGAGGAGUAAUUUCCGGAAUAUGGGUUCCUCCAUUAAAAAUCUGGAAAUUCAAAUGAGUCAGAUAGCACAGCAGUUAGCAAACUCUCAACAGUCGGGCGCGUUACCAAGUGCCACAGUUACCAAUCCUAAAGAUCAUAAUAAUAUGAGCGCUAUUGUUACUAGGAGCGGUAAAGGGAAAGGUGUAGUUGAAAAUGAUGAUGAGGAAGAGGAACCAUUGUUGGAGUUAGACUUGGAGAUAAAAGAAAAUGAGGUAGAAGCUGAGGAAGUGGUCGUGAUGGAACCAACACCAAAAGAGAAGGCGGUUGAGCAAAAGCCGACAGUAAAACUUCCUUUUCCGAUAAGGAACAAGAAAAAAGGGCAACAUGAGAAGAAUUUUGAAAAGUUCUUGGAGAUGUUCAAGAAGCUGGAGAUUAAUAUUCCAUUCUUGGAGGGUAUGAAGAUUCCGGUGAAGAAGAAGGAUCGAGGUUCCGUGACUACUCCUUUCACAAUUAGGGAUAGGUCAUUCAAGAAAGCUCUAAUUGAUUUGGGAGCAAGUGUGAGCCUUAUGCCUUGUCUGUCUACAAGAGAUUGGGGAUAG